CUUUACGUUUUGUUUUCUCCAUUGUGUUUCAGUUUCAAAACCCUAAAAAGCUUUUGCAAUUUCUUUUAAGAGCGAUUCUUUUUCGAAACCCUAGAAAAUCAACUCCGAUUGAAAAGAUGCAGUCAAACGAAGAAUUCGUCAAAUUUCUUGGAAAAGGCGCUUACGGUUACGUUAACCUAGUCCGCUACACCAAUCCCGACGACGGCUCUUUCUUUCUCUCCGCAGUCAAGAACUCAUACCACGAAGACUACGACACCCUCCAAAGAGAGCUACACGUUCUUCUCAAACUCAGGGGAUGUCCCAGGAUCGUUACAUGUUUCGGUGACUCUCUUCAACAAGGUCUCAGCAAUCACGGUAACAAAGUCCACAAACUGCGACUCGAGUACGCUUCCGAAGGUAGUUUAAGCGCUUUCAUGGACCAUUACGCCGACAGAAAGUUGCCGGAGCCGUUGAUUAAAGAUUUCACACGGAUGAUUCUCGAAGGUUUGGUCUCGAUACACGACCAUGGUUAUGUUCACUGCGACAUCAAACCAGACAACUUACUUGUCUUCCCUUCGAGACAAGAUUCAUACGAGCUCAAGAUUUCUGACUUCGGCAACACGUUAGAGGUGGGUGAGGUUCCUAAAUUCUGGGAAAGUGAGUUCCCGUGGGUUGGGACUCCCAUCUACAUGCCUCCUGAGUCUGUCCGUGACGGCUUCGCCAACAAAGGAAUAGAUUUGUGGUCGGUGGGGUGUUUGGUGCUGGAGAUGUACACUGGCGUGAUUCCUUGGGAAGGUGUUAAUAUCAAUCUUCUAGCGACUCGUCUUCGUAGUGGUAAAGCUCCUGUGAUCCCUGAGAGUUUGCCUUCUGAUGCAAAGGCUUUUAUUGAAACGUGUUUCUCAAGGAAUCCUGAGGAGAGAGGAAGUGCGUGCGAGUUGUUGCUUCAUCCGUUCUUGCCUCGUCCACAAGUUGAAGAAGAAGAGAAGAAGACAAGUAACUCGUUUCUGUUGAAGCUGUUCAAGUUGAGAAUCAGACGAACAACUUCCAACAAGAAACCAACGGCAGAUGCUGUUCUUGUUUCAGGUAAGAAGCCUCUGAAGUUGAGGUUUUUCCCGACAAAGACCACACAGUUUAAGAGAACUCUGAACAAAGUCUUGAGGUUGAAGAAAUCGACGGACUUCAAUUUAGUGUCUGUUCAUUAAGUUUUAGUCUGUAGUUGUCUGAUGAUUAACUUUAGUCUGUAGCUUUCUGUUGAUUAAGGUUUCGUAAGUAGUUUCUAAACCUUAAUUAGUAUUCUCUUGAUUAGUUUGUAGAUCAAGUUUCCAUGUACCUUUAGUCUCAUGUUAACAAAGUAGUAGUUCUUUUCUCAGCAAAAUCUCAAUCUUUUUUACUGUGGUUAGCACUCCAAAAACCAUCUUCUUCAACUCUAAGAAUCCUAAUACGCCUGAAAAGAGGACGUUAAAUCUGAACAAGCUUUACAACCUAACAACACAGUUCCCUUAUUCAAAAAAUUAUCUACUAUAUGGGUUGCUCUGUUGAUAUAGAGCCGUGGACGGUGAAGCAAGCUAUUUUUAUCAAAUGUUAUUCAAACUGGUUUUUAAAAAUGGAAAUAGAUUUUGUUGCUCCAUCUAUAUAUUUUAUAUGUCUUGGAUGUCUUAGGCUAUCACAAGAUUACUGAGGCUACCAGAAGACCACAGAUUCAACAAAGAUUAGUACUUAGAGCUCCAUUAUGACAAGUGAAUCACUUGAGAAUCAUUGCCAUUGAUUCUGAACAGCUACAGAUGUAACUAGCGUUCCACAAGCUGUAUUAAUGUUAAGCCUGAGGCAUUAUCAUUACAGCUUUAAAGAGAACACA